UAGCUCCAAUGGAAGUUGCCGUUUUGGACCGGCUUAGAGUAUACCAAUAUGUUCCGUGCAGCUGAUUGUGGUCAUAAGUUCGGAGUCGGUAGAAGUGGUUAAUCGCCCGGUAGUUUCUAGACGGCCGACCGAAGCCGGUUUAGUAGCCGAGCAAGCAUCGAGGCGUAACCAUACUCCAUCAGCAGUCCUUCCACCGAUUGUAUAUUAUUGAUCGCAAACGUUUGUUUGGCGAAAGGACACAAAGGAUGGGAAUAUUUCGAGAAUUUCCGAUAGUUUUCAAUCUCUACAAGAAAUACAGUUAGUUCUCGUCUAUUUCUGAAAUCGCGUCCGUGCGAACCUUCCUGGUGAUUAGGAAAUAGACGCCAAAUCCUCCAUUACAUUAACACUAAGGUGAUAUUCCGAGUAUAUUCCCUGAGGGAAGAGCUUUAUGUGAAAAGAUAGAAAAACAGCAUCGAUCACAGAUAGGUUAAACAUAUUCUCUGAACAUCGUGCUAAAAUGUCGCAGACGUCGGAGAUCAUGGAGCAGAAAGAUGGCCUAAAGAGGAAACCAACUCUCGUUAGACGAGUGUCCGAUAUGUUUAAGGAUGGAAACUAUAGUGGGCCACCGAUGCUAUUCCGUCACGCGUCGAUGCAGAAGAUCCGUCAUUGCUGCCAGAAUCUCAACCUGCUACCGUAUCUUCUCUACUCUUUCGAUAAUUCCAAGUCGCAUCCACUAGUCCGCAAGAUGCAUGUUUACCUCAGCCAUUUUCUUCAGGAAAUCACACUCAGUCUUCGGGUCACGUACGAGAAUUUGCGUCAAUCUGUGCUGCAUGAAAUCCGCAUCGAGAAACCAGCCGAAGCGCAAAAAGCGAUUCCAGAAGCAAAUGACGAUUCUACUAAACUUGACGCGAGGUUCAACAGGUUUAAAAAACCGAAGCGGAAGCACUCAUGCUAUCUGACUGCGGCCGUGUAUUUUGUUCCAUUGCUCCUCAUCUUUCAGAUGACAACCCUAUGCAGCCUGACGAUUUUCGGCAAAUAUACCCCUGGUUUCAUCUUCUUGGUCACCUCGCUACUCUUCCUCGGCGGUAUCGCGCUUAAAAUACUGUUACACGGGUCUGUGCUGCACGACGUCAAGAAUUGCGAGAGGAAAAUGGUGCAGUGAUUUCCCGCCGUUUUCACUGUCGCUUUAUCAU